AUGACGCUUCCCGACUACAUUUCUCGUCUAGCUGUCAGUUCCGUCCUUCAUCAGAACACUCGGCUCCACGGCAAGGCUUUUCUUUUCGAUGGGAAUCCCGAGACUUGCUGGCAGUCGGACCCAGGUGCAAGUCAAUGGAUCCUUAUGGAAUUUAAGGAGUCUCUCAGGAUCACCUCUAUUCGAAUUCAAUUCCAAGGCGGCUUCGCCGCCGAGGAGGCCCUUCUUCGUUUGUGGACGAAGGAGACGAAAGAUAAUGCAUCAUCCUACCCAUUUCAUCCCACCAAUACCAAUAGCCUUCAGUCAUUCGAUUUCAUCGAUGCCAACGCCUGCACGAGCGCUGCUAUCAUCUUCAAAAAAGCCACCGAUCUUUUCGGACGCAUCAUCGUCUAUCAACUUGACUUGUCCUUUGCUUGA